AUCAUCCUCGCGAGCACCGCCCUCUGUCUGGGGUAAGCUGGAGCACAGGAGUCGCACUGCGGGGAGUUUUCGUAAAAAUAGGAAGAGUUUUCUGUUAAAAGAACUGAGAGAGCAGUUCCCUUCACUCAACUCUCAGCUGAUUCCAUUCACAACAGCGGUCAGUACAGAAGCUCCACAGACAGCAUUAUGGCACCUCAGGUGAUCUUUUACAUGUCACUCCUAGCUUGCAUAUUUGGAGACGUAAUGAAGAUCGACACUACUGGAGCGUCUGAGAAAACAGCACGCCAGGACAAACUAACAGUUAAGGGGGUGGAAGCCUCGAAUAAGCUGGCCGAGCACGACCUGAAGAGAAUGCAGCAGUACAAGUCCAUCAUCACCAGAGUUGGGGCAGCGAAGCAGAUGGAUCCAGAAGUGAUUGCUGCCAUCAUAUCCAGAGAGUCGAGGGCCGGAGCUGCUCUUGUGGACGGCUGGGGAGAUCACGGCAAUGCUUUCGGACUCAUGCAGAUCGACAAGCGCUACCACACUCCGAAAGGGGCCUGGAACAGUGAAGAGCACGUCACACAGGGCACUGAGAUUCUGAUCGAUCUAAUUCAGAAAAUUCAGAAAAAGUUCCCCAGCUGGCCCUUAGAGCACCAAUUUAAAGGAGGAAUAGCAGCCUACAACGCUGGCGUCGGGAACGUUCGCACAUACGAGCGGAUGGACAUCGGGACCACGGAUGACGAUUACUCUAACGAUGUGGUCGCCAGGGCCCAGUGGUUUAAACGCAACGGCUACUGAGAAACACGUGUCCAUUCCACGUUAUCCCAUAAAGCACUGAUUAACAUCCCAUGAUGUACUGAAUAUCUUGUGCACUGACUGUUAUAAAUCUAUAUGUUGCAUUAUUCAUCAUUCCCUACCUUCAAUGAAACUGCUGGACCAUAGUGCUAAUGUUACAAGUUAAAACUUUUUAUACUGCUGUUAGUAACAAAUUCUUGUUCUUUCAAAUAUGUUACAAAACAAACGUAAUCUAUGUAACUGUUAAAUAUAAUUUUAUCAGUUUAAUAACUGGUUAUAAUCUAUAAUAAAGGCUACAUCUUUAUCUUAUUA